AUGUAUCCACAGGUGCAAAACACUUACCAACUCUCUCCAGAAAUCGAGGAGCAGUGUGCCUUGUUCCAGUAUGAGCGAUUGCUGAGGUUACCCCAAAAUGAGAACUACAAAGAGAUAGUAACUGCUUAUGAAACAACAGAUGAGAUUGUGUCCAGUCCUCAAACUGAAGUGGAACCAGUCCCUAUGACCACAGGCACACCUACAGAUCCAUCCAUUUCAUCACCAGUCCCAGAGGUACCACAGGCUGAUUUGAAAGUGCUUGAUGUGACAGAAAACAGUGCACGGCUACGGUGGACCAACACAUUUCCCCAACAACCUCACCUCUAUGACCUUAGUGUCACCUCACUUGCUGACCAAGUUCUAGUUGUCAAACAAAAUGUCACCGGGACUGAAAGAGUCAUUGGAGGGCUACAGAGUGGACAACAAUAUAAGGUCACAAUCAUAGGCCACCAUCCGGCACAUGGCCAGGUCACUUACCAUGCAAUAUUUACCACCAGUAAAUCUCAACAAAAGCCAGCAGCUGUGUCCAGUAUAAAUAUGCCAAUGAACACAGAACCUCUGAACACUCCAGAAAUUGAUCCUUGUGGGCUAGACCUGGACAUGGGCACUCAGUGCAAGGACAUUCAGGUUAAGUGGUUCUUUGACAAGACAAACAAGAUUUGCACCCAGGUUUGGUAUGGAGGGUGUGGUGGUAAUGCCAAUAGAUUUGACACUGAAGCUGAAUGCUUGAGCAGGUGUCUUAAGACAAGUGAGAAGAAUGUCCAAGUCUCAGCCCUUGAAGGAAAGUCACUGCCAGGCUCUCUGGUCUGUAACUUGCCAAAGGAGGACGGAACCUGUAGGGACUUUACCCUGAUGUGGUACUAUGACCCACAAACCAAGAGCUGUACCCGGUUUUGGUAUGGAGGCUGCGGUGGAAAUGACAAUCGGUUCAAGACACAAAAAGAAUGUGAAAAUACUUGUAUUCCAGUGUCUAUGAACGCUGGUGUGGUCUCUGCUAUCGGAACAUAAGGAGAUCCCCUGUACUUACCUCUCAGGGGACACAGCCCAGGACGCACUGCCCUCUCCUUCACCUUGUGUCCCAGCAGCCUGAACCCCUGCGGGAUGAGAGGGGAAUUACACAGUUUAUCAAUAUGGUGCUAAUAUUUCUAUGGACUUGGUGCUUACUGUGGCCUGGUGUCCUAAACCCUUUCACUGCUGGAAAGAGCUCUGCUACAUUGCCCAUCAUAUCAUCCUUUGCACUCUGCAGCCUUGAAAGGGUUACUUGGCAGUCCGUAUGCUCAGUAACAACUGUCAAAGGCUAAUACAUGUCAGUUAUUUUUUAUAGUUCCAAACUCAAUUUGUUAAUAUUUUUGCCACUAGACUACCUUGUAUUUCUCACCUAUAUUGUUCCCUAUCAAAGCCUGUCAUCACUGACAUGUAAAGCACAGGACCAGCAAUGAAUGAUUUAACUAAAAUAUAUAUAUAUAAAAAUAUAUAUACAUAUCCAGCAUAUCCAAAGCACAAUCCCUUCCACUGCCCACAUAUUGCACACACCUACAGAUCCUUCAUGAUGUGUAUACCUUUCCCUUGGAGAUGAAGAUUAAAAGCCCCCUGUUGCUAGAUAUAUAUUUUGAAGCCUACUCUGGCAGUGAAAGGUUCAAACUCUAGGUUUUACCACUUAUUAAGUAGUGAGUUUAUUCUACAGCAACAAAGCAACCCUUGCUGCUGUAACGGAAUGCCGGGGAUGAACAGUGCAAAAUCACUGCAGCAUUCAUUUUGACGAUUUUGUUUUUUGUUUUGUUUUGGGGUUUUGCUGGGUGUUAUUUUUUUUGUUUAAUUUGAGGUUUUUGGAGGGGUGAGACUAAAAAUGAGGCCUUCAUGAUAUUGUUUUUGUUUUUUUAAGACCAAAAGAUUUUACAAAAAAGUUUGAAUAAAGGCUCAAGAGGUGUCCAA